UGCAAAUAUGGUACAGCAUAAAAGGCUCACUCUUUCUAAGCAGAGCAGUUCACUUGAACAGAUCUCGACAUUCUAUACAAAAUGGGAAAGAUCAUCUUCUACGAGGACAAAAACUUUCAGGGUCGCUCCUAUGAGUGCAACUCUGAAUGUCCAGACCUGUCCUCAUACUUCAGACGCUGCAACUCCAUCCGUGUAGAAAGUGGAAACUGGAUCCUCUAUGAACAUCCAAACUACAGAGGACACCAGUAUUUUCUUCACAAGGGAGAAUAUCCUGACUUUCAGCAAUGGAUGGGCUACAAUGACUCCAUUAAAUCUUGUCGUCUGAGCCCCCAGCAUCAAGGUUCAUUUAGGGUUCGAAUUUAUGAGAAAGAAGACUUCAGAGGUCAAAUGAUGGAAUUCACUGAAGAUUGUUCUAAUGUUUAUGAAAGAUUCCGCUAUCAUGACAUCUAUUCUGUCCAAAUACAAGAUGGAUACUGGAUGUUCUAUGAGGAACCUAACUACAGGGGACGUCAAUAUUACCUGAGACCUGGAGAGUACAGAAGAUACUCUGAAUGGGGAGCCACAAGCCCCAAAAUUGGCUCCUUCAAACGUGUUCACUAUUUCCACUAGAUAAGCAUUACAUUGAAAACAGUUUAAUUAAUCAUUUGAACAAUGUUCUUGAUUCAUAGUUGACUCUUGUAUUAGUUAUUUCUUUAGCAAAAACAAAAUUGCUGAUUUACUGUAAAUAAACUCAUUUAAAUACCCCAA